AAAUGGCGCGCCUUUGAAACAACGAUACUGCAUCCGUCCCUAUAUCUAUAUCUAAUAUCAAUAUCUAUAUAUAUAUCUAUCAGCAUCCGCCAUUUUCUGAAAGCUCUAUACCAAUUGUUGUGGCGCCAAUUCUCCUCAUUCCAUUGGUCUUGAAGCUUCACCCUUACGUUUUUCCUUCACCGUCUUCUCAUCCUCCUGCUUUCUGUAGGUGGAAUUUGGUUCUGUUUCUUAAACAUCUUUUACGGUUUUGUUCUUGUGCGUUAUGGCGUUACUUUUGAUGCUGAUUUUUAUUGAGACUAUAAAAUGUGGUUGAAUCCGCCGGGAAUGGAAUUGUUGCGAUUAUUGAUGUGGAUUUCUUUUUCUUCGGAGCUUCUUUCUUAUUUCUCGUUGUUUCGAUCGAUUCUGAUUUUGGUUUUAUAAGUAUAUAUGGACUCUGCAGAAGGUUUGAGUUUGUACCCGUCGCACCGUUGUAAGACUAUUCAUCUGGUGAGACAUGCGCAGGGAACUCAUAAUGUUGCAAUGGAAAAGGAUCGCAGUUUGCUUCAAUCUUAUGAUUAUUUUGAUGCUCAACUUUCCCCUUUAGGAUGGCAGCAAGUUGACAAUUUGCGGAAGCAUGUGCAUUCAUGUGGAAUUUCAAACACAAUCGAAUUAGUCAUCGUCUCCCCGUUGUUAAGGACAAUGCAAACAGCAGUUGGAACCUUUGGUGGUGAUGAGUACAAAGAUGGUAUAAUUGCUCCUCCAUUAAUGGUAGCAAAUGUUGGGGGCAGCAACCAUCCUGGAAUUUCAAGCCUUCACUGCCCACCAUUUUUGGCAGUAGAGCUUUGUAGGGAACGUAUGGGUGUUCAUCCAUGUGAUAAGAGGAGAAGCAUUAGCGAGUAUCGGGCUCUUUUCCCUGCAAUUGAUUUCUCCAUGAUUGAACAUGAUAAUGACGUCCUGUGGACUCCAGACAGCAGAGAAACGAAUGACCAGAUUGUAGCAAGGGGACUGGAGUUUCUGAAUUGGCUGUGGACUCGGAAGGAGAAAGAGAUUGCAAUUGUCACCCACAGUGCGUUCUUAUUUGAGCUUAUGAAAUGCUUUGGAAAUGACUGCCAUCCAUCUAUAAAGAGCGAAAUCUGCACAUUUUUUACAAACUGUGAGCUUCGAUCCAUGGUUAUUGUUGACAAGAGUAUGACAGGUUCGGAUAUCUCAAGGACUAAUUACCCAGGCAAAAUUCCUCGAGGCCUCGAUCUUCCCAAUGACAUUGCCCUUGAGAAGCAACCAGAGAUGGGAGUUACAAUUGAUGAUGUUGAAGCUUGAAGAAGAUGAGGCUGGUGAACACAAGGAAUGUAGUAUUCUUCUUCGAUAGUUUUAAUUCAAUUAUAUCAGUUCAUUUCAUAUUUUGGAGGCUUUUUUUUACUUCAAAAUUCAGUUAGGCAUUAAUUAGGUCAUGGCUUAUUGUCACCAAACCACAUGUUUCUGUCCAUAUUUUCAUUAGUUGUGGACAUAUGUACUCUUAAUUCGAUUUACAUGCCCACACCAGAGUUAAAUAAAAUUAGAAAUUAAAAAUAUUUACCAAA